AUUAAUUCGCGUCCAUUCUCAAAACAAACAUCUCCAUCUACAUGUCUAAGCAAAUAUAUACCGUGGACUUCCAACAAUUGGGCCUCCCACCGCUCGAAGCUCAGGUCCUUGGACAGUACCAGCUGCUAGCACUGCAAUUGGAGACACUCAACCUCGAAAUACGCAAACUCACCGAUGCUGCCGAUACCUAUAAACUGCUGGCAGAACCACUGGAACCACCAUCAGUGACUGCCGAGCAACUCUUGGACAAUCUCCGGCACUUGGAAAAGAAGUUGGGCUUGGUGUACACGUUUUUCCAGGGCGCCGUUUACCAGUUGUUCUUGCAGAAUGAAGUAGAGGAAAAUGAUGAAGAGGACCAGCCUCACCACCACGAGGAUGAACAGUCCCUCCACGACGAUGGGGACGACGGUGACGACGGUGACGACAAGGAUGACGACGGUGGCGACGGCAGUGAUGCCGACGCGCUGCCGGACGCCUGAGUGGUGUAUUUUGAGUGUUUGCAAUUUUACUCCCCCACUGAGAUCUCACUUCACCACCAUGUCACUACCACUGUACCAAUAUGACACCACCCACGCGUGUAUUCGGUACAAAUAUGGUGGUGGGUGUGAUGCUAUGCAUAGGCCCGCUGUCCC